AUGAAUGAGGAUGAAGAAUAUGAUGACUUUUAUCGAAAUAGUCUUCCUUCUAAUUGUCCUAAUACUCGUUACAAGGUUGUAUUUAGUAGAAGGGGUGAUAGCAUUAGCAUCAGUUUUAGCUGCAUGCUUUUUGUCCAGGAAGGAUUGUUAUGUCUUCAUAUGUUUUUCAUAUUAAAUAUGAAAGAGUAUGAUGAAAUUUCAUCAAAUUUCAUUUUGAGGAGAUGGGGAAAAGAUAUCACAGCUGAUGGAUUGUUGAGAAAAGUACCUGAUGUUAUCGACAUUCAUAAUCCAAAGGGGGUCAGAAAGAAGGGAUGGGCUAGUGGUAAAAGAAUCAAGAGCACUAGAGAGAAAGUGAUUGAGAAAUCUAAAAAUGGUACUAGGUUGUGCAGUUUAUGUCAUAAACCAAAUCACAAUGCUAGGUGUUGCAUUUUGAGGUUUAAGAAGUCUGAAUUAGAAUCUGAGGUUACAGAAGGCUGA